ACAGUCAGCCUGUGAGGAGAGAUUUGGGGUGAAAGAGCUUGUGAAGUCGUCCUCCUCGCUACAUCAGCUACUGGACCACAAUGUCCAAACCGAAGUUUCAGACUGAGUGGGAGGAAAUUGAUGAGGAAUAUCAACAAUUACAGGAAACUCACAAGAUCUACAGACAAAAACUUGAGGAGCUCACCAAUCUUCAGACAACAUGCAGCAGUGCCAUCAGUAAACAGAGAAAAUGCUUAAAAGACCUAAGGAGCAGCUUGACCAAGUGUUCAAAAGCAUGUGAUGAGGAAGAAUUAAAACUUAUAAUGGACAUCAAAACACAAAUCAAAGAUAAAGAAAAUGUCUUCUUCGAUAUGGAAGCGUAUUUGCCAAAGAAAAACGGGCUGUACCUGAGUUUGGUCCUGGGCAACGUGAACGUAACGCUUCUCAGCAACCAGGCGAAGUUCGCCUACAAAGAUGAGUAUGAGAAGUUCAAGCUUUAUAUGACCAUAAUCCUAAUGUUUGGAGCAAUAACCUGCCUCUUCUUUCUCAACUGUCGGGUCACUGAUGAAAUCUUCAACUUUUUGCUGGUGUGGUACUAUUGUACAUUAACCAUAAGGGAAAGCAUCCUCAUGAGCAACGGCUCCAGGAUCAAAGGUUGGUGGGUGUCUCACCAUUAUGUAUCCACCUUUCUGUCAGGUGUAAUGCUCACCUGGCCGGAGGGGCCCAUGUAUCAGAUGUUCAGAAGCCAGUUCCUCGCUUUCUCCAUCUAUCAGAGCUUUGUCCAGUUCCUCCAGUAUUACUACCAGAGUGGCUGCUUAUACAGGCUGCGAGCUCUGGGAGAGAGAAAUCAGCUGGACCUCACAGUGGAGGGAUUUCAGUCCUGGAUGUGGAGAGGCCUCACUUUUCUUUUGCCAUUUCUCUUUUUUGGCCACUUUUGGCAGCUCUACAACUCUGUGACCCUGUUUCGCUUGGGAGGACGUGAGGACUGUAAGGAGUGGCAGGUAUUUAUGCUGGCACUGACAUUUCUCGUCCUGUUCCUGGGAAAUUUUCUCACCACGGUAAAAGUCGUCCACCAAAAGGUUCAGAAAAAUCAGGAAAAGGUGCAAAAAAGUGACUGAGUGACUGAAACCUCAGAUUCUUACAAACGGCCAGUAAUUUUUGAAGCAACACGCACAAUCGCUUGAUAGACUGACCACCGUACGAUCAGGCCGAGAGACGACGAAGUUGAAACCCACUGUUUCUCUCAGGCUUUGAUGGCAGCAGCAGCGUCCAGCCAAAGUAUCUGGCCUACAGGCUUCUGCUUUCCAAUGACUCGUCGUCGAUGUUGCUGCACAGUCGGUCACAACACAAAGUGGUGUUCACUUGAUAGACAGUUUGUCGCUUUAUCGUGUAUAUAAAAAGUGAGCGGGAAGAAUGUUUUUAUUUGGGUGUUUGUGUCAGCGCAUGAAUCUGUCAGCGAGCCUUUCGUUCAAAUCAUAUGCAACUAAAAGAAGGCAGGUAGCAUCGACCAACAGAACAGAAUAUAGUUUGCCUUUGAAGACCAAACGUCUGUCACCUACUUCAUAUUUCUGUGAAGUUCCACUGGUCAAACUGUCGAACAAAAUUGGACAACUUGCGCUUCAUUUUUUGAAUUAUCUAACUUUUUAUGUGUAGUUCUGAAAUUCCUGUUGUGCUAUUUCACUGCUAACCAGUAUUUUUUACUAGAAUUUAAAAAAAAACAUAAACCUGAUACUUGACUGCCCUUCAAUUUCAGAAAAAAAAUCUCCUUCUGGUGUCUGUUUUUUUUUUUUUUUUUUUGUUAUUUCCUCAAAAGGAUAAGGACUACAAGGGAAUGCAACACUGUUUCUCCCUUCAGGCAGUGGUUACAAAAGCCAUAAUUGUUUUUUUUUUAAUGGUCUAAUGUCUAAACUUGGUUAGGUCACAUGAACACAGACAUAAAAAGUUGUACUGUCUCUACAAGAAUGGUUGUUCUCGGUGAGGAUAAAAGGGGGUUUUCAUGUGAAUUCCUCCUCAGUGGUUACACUUUUAUGUUCUCAUUAACAUAAUGCUAACAAGCUGUAAUACAUACUGUAGGUUUGACAUGUUUCACUAAUGAUCUUCCACAUUUAACAUUAUAUCAUGGAGACCUGAUAUGAGAAGAGUUUAACAUUAAAGUCCAUGCACAGAGAUGUAUCAUUACUCUGUGUAAUAGAUAUACAUGCUGUUAGUUUCCAUCCUAAUGUAUUAUUAAAUGCUGCUAUUAGCACUGGUACUGUAAGACUAAGAUACAGAAUGAU